CAGUGACAGGAGGGUGUAAGACUGCGCGCUAGGGGCGGAGUUGUCAGAAAGCUCUCAAGGAAAAACUUGUGAGUCAGUUUAGUGAGACUGAGGGCAACCGUGGACUACACACCUCUCACGAACAAAAACACAGGACUGAACUUUAGGACUUGUGAAAGACCGCAUGCGUACCCGACUCCGGCGAGUCAAAAUGUAUUCUAAUCCGAGACGCGCUUUGGAGAUUUUGGAGACGCGUAACAGCGCAUGAAACGUAAAUGUGGAAGGUAUCAUCGUGGGAUCUUGACAUCGAUUGAGGAAGUCAAGGAUCUCAUGCAAUGCGUCUUGAACGCAUGAUUUGAUUUGGACAUCAACCUGCAUGUGGAAAAAAAACUCGGUAAAGAUGAACGAAACGAGCACGAGUGGUGGCAAUAAAGGUUAUGACCCCACCAUCCCGGUCAUUAUGUUCAUAUUUGGUGUGGUCGGGAACGUGAUUGCUAUCGUAGUGCUUCGAAAGUCGCGAAAAGAGCAAAAAGAGACCACUUUUUACACCCUGGUGUGUGGACUUGCCGUAACUGACCUCUUGGGAACUCUCCUCGCGAGCCCAGUCACCAUUGCCACCUAUGUGAAGGGAGAGUGGCCCGGCGGGAACCCGCUGUGUCAGUAUUCCGGCUUCAUUUUACUCUUCUUCUCCUUGGCAGGUCUCAGUAUUAUCUGUGCCAUGUCCGUCGAGAGGUACCUCGCCAUCAAUCACGCUUAUUUCUACAACCACUACGUGGACCAGCGGGUGGCAGGCUUGACGCUCGCGGUGAUCUAUGUGUCCAAUGCACUCUUCUGCGCUCUUCCCAGCAUGGGACUGGGAUCCGUGGUGCAACAGCAUCCAGGAACCUGGUGUUUCAUUGACUGGCAUAGCAACGACAGCACGAACGCCACUUUCUCUUACAUGUACGCGGGCUUCAGCUCCAUCCUCAUCCUCGUUACGGUCCUCUGUAACGUGCUGGUGUGCGCGGCUCUCAUCAUGAUGCACAAGCGCUUCGUCCGCAGGACCUCGCUGGGGACUGACCAGGCGCGAGUCGCGGAGAUCAGGCGCAGGCGGAGUUCUGGCAAACACAACAGCCAGCUUUUUACCAUAAAAAUAGUCCUAUUAGAUGUGUUUUCUUUUGCCCUGAAAAUGCAGGUGUUUGUGAACCAGCUGUAUCAUUCUCCAGUAGUGACGCAAGGAAAGCCGAACCCAGACCUUCAGGCCAUCCGAAUUGCCUCUGUCAACCCCAUUCUGGACCCCUGGAUCUACAUGGACCUCGCAUCUUAUAUCGUGCAGAAGAUUCUGGAAAAGAUCAAGUGCCUCUUCUGCCGUAUCGGUGGGAGGAGACACGGGAGGAGCCCUACGGAGUUCCACUGCGGUAACGGCGUCCACAGCUCAUCGGUCAUGUCUCGUGAUUUGCCGUCGCUAGCGUUGCCCGAGCUGCCAGAGGUGAUCAGCACAUCACAGAUGUACCUGUAUCCCAUGGAGGCGGGACAGGAAAUGGGCUGCUGCGGUGGCUCUGUGCAGAGCAGGACGUGUUCGACUUCAACCGAGCAAACCCUUCUGCGGGACUCUCAGGUGGUAGAGCUCAGCAGUGGAGAAAACAGGACGGAAACAGGCACGGACUUUGUGAAAUCACAUUCGUGCACGCACGCCAACACAAAUGAAGCCCAAUGUUCCAAGCACCAGCCGCUGCAGAAAAGGCCUUCGUAUUAGAUGAAUACAGUUCCAUUGGGCCCUGAUUGACUGAUUUGAUUAACCCGGGCAAAUCUUGAUUAGAUCUGAUGGACGACCAUGUGAGCAAAUAUCUACUGCCCUGCUUCAAGACCCCCUUUUGCAGACAUUCUGGUGAGAUCUCCAUUAGGUCACAAGUUCAAGUAACCAGAGUGCCUUGUUAGCUUUUCUCAUGCUGGAACUCGUGGUUUAAAAUGUCCUUUUCCUUAUGUUAAGGUGACCAAAACACUUUUCAUUUCCAUUGGUGCAUAAACAACUGUCCACUAUUUCAAACUUACAUAAGAUGUAGCUAAGUGUACAUUCUUUGGAAUUUCCAUAAUAUGUACAAUAUUCUGUGAAUUAACCAAGCAAUUUCAUAUCCAUGUUUACUGAGAGUAACACCAUCACAAAAUAUAGCGGUACCCAAAACUCAUCAUACAAUGUAAGAGCACAUGAUACACAGCACAUUAUUGCAAAUCUUUGUUUCUUUUAAAGUAUGUGUAGAUGAUAGAAUGUAUAGUGAGGAGAUGAAAUUGUAAAAGCUAUUAAGAUGUUGAAUGUCUUUUAAGGUCGUAUGUUUUGCACUUUUAAAUCCUUGUAACCACUGAGGAAAAUUUGAACGGUCACUAUCAGUCAGUGGUCAUCGAGGAAGAACUGUUCAUCUGUUCAUACUUGUGAUGUUAAAAUGUGAACGCUGUCUUGCUUUAAUUUAUUGUAGUCUUUUUAGACAAUCUUUUGACUCUAGUUAUUUCUUCUCUGUGAGAAGGUCAAGUUUAAGAUGGUUCUGCUCAUGCUGAAGCAGUUAUAUGGUUUUUGUUUCAUUUCACAAUUCUUAUGUGUAUCAAAACAGCAUGAGGCAUGAUUUAAACUACUUAGCACCAUCAUCUGCUGCAUGUAUAUAAAUGAUUCAACAUUACUGUGUAUAUUUUCACCAUUUCAUUUUCACAUUUUCAAACACAAAGACAAUCUUGUCUCGCUCUUACCCUCGAUGUGACCCUCCAGAAUGUGCAAUGGCCAGCUAUUUAUGCUGAAAUAAACUCUUGAACUGAAGAUAUAGAAAA